GUGUUUAAGGACACGUUGACACGGUGAUGAUUUGACUGGAUGACUGACGUCCCUGAAAGGCAUCACGUCGUGUUGUUUAUCUUUGCCUCACAACGUCCUUGAUAUGAGCCUCCCUCCUUUUUGUCUUCUGCUGCUUCCCCCGAUGAACGCUUCACGCCAUGGAAAGAUAUCUUCUCGUGAGCUUGACUGCGGCUACGCUAUUGUCAGUCAGUCACGGAUGUGCAACAGGAAAGGAGUUCAUCACGACGUUCCUCCCCAACUACCAGAAUGCCUUAUGGAGAGUACUUUUCCUUGGAAAUGACCAUAAACUCCAGGUGGUUCUCACUGCUCCGGGCUCUGAGGCCAAUGUCCACAUUCAGAUAGCGUCAGUGGACUUCUCCAUGAAGUUGAGUCUCUCUGCGGGAGAAAGCCGCUGGGUUUCCCUGCCGGUUGGAGCUGAACUGCAGCAGCAGUUUCUUACAGAGAAGUCAGCCGUCCGGAUUUCAUCAAGUGCUGACAUCUCAGUGGUCGCUUUUAACCGGCGGGACCGGACAGGAGAUGGCACCGUGGUUUCCCCAACAGGACAACUGGGAACCGAGUAUCUGGUGUUCACGCCACAAGGAGGCACAAAGUGCAUGGACAAGCUACUGGCUAUUGUUAACGGCGACAGCCCCAACCAGAUCACCAUCAUACCAAGCGCUGACGUGUCGCUGCGAGGUGGCGGUCAGUGGCGGCACGGGAAGGCGGUGACCUUUACCCUGGCCCCGCACGCAUCCUACCUGGUACGCAGCCAUAACGCUUGGACGGGGCUCGUUAGGUCCCAGUUGCCUGUGGCUGUCCUAGCGGGUCACCAGUGUCUCGCCAUGGGUUUGGGUUGUGAACACAUCUAUGAACAGCUCCCCCCUGUGGCGAGUUUGGGUAAGAACUACAUGGUGCCCACAACAGGAAGCUGCCAUGCCACAAACUUGGCGGUGAUCGUUGCGGCCGAAGACGACACUGAGCUGACACUGAAUGGCGGUCAUCGUGCAACACGAAAACAGACGCUGAAGACCGCCGGACUGGUGACCGUCCAGAAACUGAUCAGCAGACAUCCUCUAGUCGUCCAAAGCAACAAGAGAGUCAUGGUGCUCCUUCUGAGCAACAACAAACCCCAUGACCCAUUCUUAAUCGCCCUGACCCCCACCUGCAAGAUGUCCAAUGACUGGACGGUGGAGACGGUGGACGGGUUCUCCAGCGCUGUAGCCAUUCUGUCAGAGAGGGAGGGGUCGUCCAGCGUCAAGGUGUGCACGAGGGGACGCUGCCUGUCGCCUCGGUGGAAUGACUUCAUUUCAGAUAAACGCUGGGUGUGGUCUAAUGUGGCGGUGGGGAAGCAUGAGAGUCAUGUGACAGUGGAAGGCGACGCACGUAUGCUGGUCUACGGCUACGGUUGGAAAAGUCGCCAUGGAUAUGGAACUGCUGGAGUCUGCUCUUCAGGCGCCCCUCCUCCUACGCCACCCAAGGAUCCCUGUGAAGAUGUCAAAUGCAGAGAAAAGGAGCGCUGCGUGGAUGGAAGAUGUGUUCAUGUGUCCACGGCGACCUGUCACGCGCUUGGUGACCCUCACUACAUGACAUUUGAUGGAAGACGUUACGACUUCCAGGGUGCCUGCACGUAUAUUAUGGCAACACUUGCAGAGAAGGUACCCGGUCUCUUCCCGUUCACUGUGACCACCAAGAACGACCAUCGAGGCAACCGUCGUGUUUCCUUUGUGAGGACUGUAACUGUAGACCUUGAUGGGCAUACCAUUGUCAUCGGGAGGCAUAAAAAACAAGUUCAGGUCAACGGUGAACUUCAGUACCUGCCAGUCACUUUGCUAGACGGAAAAGUCACCGUGAAGCAUCGUAGCACCUACGCCGUCCUCAAAACUCACUUUGGUCUGACUGUGAAAUACGACUGGAACAUGCGGCUUUACGUCACAGUACCCUCCUCUUACUAUAAACACCUAGGGGGCCUCUGUGGAAACUACAAUGGAGACAAAGCAGAUGACCUGCCUGAGCCAAAAGGCUCUCCCCGCUCAGCAGUACUAAAGAUGAUUCAGCAGUGGAAAGUGAAAGAUUCAGAUGCGUUCUGCCAAGAUGGUUGUGGUGGACGCUGCCCCACGUGUCCACCAGAGAGACAUUAUUUCUUCAGCCUCACCACAAAAUGCGGCAUACUCACAAAGGCCGAUGGUCCAUUUUCAUCCUGCCACAAAGUUCUCAACCCCUCUUUGUACCUGGCGGACUGUUUAUACGAUGUAUGCAUCAAUAAGGGCGCAAAACAGUUUCUCUGCGAUAACCUGAAGAGUUAUAGCGACGUCUGUCUGGCAGAGGGAGUGAAGAUCAAUCCCGAUUGGAGGAUGAUCACUAAGUGCCCCUUUUCCUGUCCAGCAGGGAGCCACUAUGAAGCGUGUGGUACUGCAUGUCCUGCUUCCUGUGGGUCCAAAGAUAGUGGCGAGGAUUGUGAUGCCCCUUGUGAGGAGGGAUGCCAGUGUAAUGAAGGACUUGUACUUAGUGGAGACAGAUGUGUUCCUCAGUCUAGCUGUGGUUGCCAGCAUCAGGGCAAAUAUUACCCAUCUGACUCCACUUUUUGGGCUGACAGCACCUGUACAACCAGGUGUCACUGCCUCGGCGGCAAAGUCAAGUGCACCCCAGUUACCUGUAAGAAGAACGAGCACUGUGCCCUCAAGGGGGGCGUGAGAGACUGCUACCCGGUAUCUUAUGCCACAUGCCAGGCGACCGGGGACCCCCACUACCGAAGCUUUGACAAACGGAGAUUUGAUUUCCAGGGCACUUGUACUUAUAUUCUGUCUCAACACAGUGAAGGUGCAAACCAGGGUCUGACACCCUUUCAGGUGCUUGUCCAAAAUGACAACAGAGGACGUAACAAACGUGUUUCCUACACCAAGUCGGUCUCCCUUACUGUACUUGGAAACACUGUCAGCAUGAGCCGUGCCAACCCGGGCAGAAUACUGAUGAACGGCAGAGCCAUCAAUCUACCGUACACAACUGAGGAUGGCAAGCUGUCCUUUUUCCGAAGAGGCUACUUUGGAAUCGUGACAACAUACUUUGGCUUGACUCUCAAGUUCAACUGGAAAAGCCACGUGGCCUUGACCCUUCCUAGUUCCUACGCUUCUGCUACGACUGGACUGUGUGGAAAUUACAACGGACAAGCGGGUGACGACAUGUUGCAACCUGAUGGCACUCAGGCUAAACACGCUAGCGUAUUUGGUCACAGCUGGAAGGCAGGAGGAGACCCCGGCUGCACCAGUGACUGCCCUGGUGGUAAAUGUCCCGAGUGUGACCCUGCACUACUCCUGCGUUACCAGCAGGGGAGCUACUGUGGCAUCAUUGCUGACGAAUCAGGUCCUUUCAGCGGCUGUCACAGCAAACUGGACCACGCUGGUUUCCUGACAGACUGCGUGUUUGAUUUGUGCAUGUACCAAGGCCACGCCUCCGCCCUGUGUAACAGCCUUUCAGCCUUCAGCACCGCUUGCCAGGAGGCAGGAGCCACUGUGGAGACCUGGAGAACACAAGAGCUUUGUCCACCAUCGUGUGGUGCAAACAGUCACUAUGAGGUGUGCGCCCCGCCCUGCCAGCCCACCUGCAGCGGUCUGGGCCCCCCCGAGGGCUGUGAUGACAGCGCCCCCUGCACGGAGGGCUGUGUGUGUGACGACGGCUUCAUGCUGAGCCACGACACGUGUGUUCCACUGUCAGAGUGCGGCUGUCAGUACGAGGGACAGUAUUACCAGCACUCACAGGUGUUCCAUCCUGGAAGGUCAUGUGACAGUCGCUGUGUGUGUGGCGACAGCGGACAAGUCCAGUGCAGCCCUCGGUUCCACUGUUCGCACAACGAGGAGUGCGUCCUGUCAGAUGGGGCGGCCUCAUGCGCUCCUAAAAGCUUUGCUUCCUGCUCUGUCUACGGACUCUCAACAGUCCGAUCCUUUGACGGACAGGCUUAUCCUCUCCUGGGGAAUUGCUUGUUCCAAAUGUCGGAAGUGGAGGAAGGAGAAGAUCUGGCAGAUUAUUCCGUGUUGCUUCAGCAGCAAACCCAAAAAGAUGGAAACGUCUCUCGGAGUGUGGAGCUCCGAGUGUAUGGCAUGGAGCUCACCAUGGAGGCUGGGGCAGCGUGGGAGAUCAAGGUCGAUGACAUCAAGGUCUCCCUUCCUGCAUCAAUGGCGGACGGACAAGUGCAAGCGUAUCAGAAUGGCAUCAACAUCAUCAUCGAAACAGACUUCCAUCUAAAGCUGAUCUAUGACUGCAUGGCGGGCAUCCGCUUACAAAUCCCAUCCACCUAUCGAGGUUUAGCACGUGGUCUCUGUGGAAACUACAACGAUGUGCCUUCAGAUGACCCACUCUCAGAGGGAGGGAAACCUGCAGACAUCUCAGCUUUGGUCGUGGACAAGGAUGACGUCAACUGUAAGACAGGGUGCGGAGAAACAUCCUGCCCUGACCCGGAUGGACAAAAGACCACAGAAGCUGAAAAGACUUGUGACAUCAUCAAAGAUCCGCAGGGGCCGUUUGCAGGAUGCCACGCCACCGUGUGCCCAACACCCCACUUCGAUGAUUGUGUCAGGGAGAUGUCCACCGCUGGAAAAGACCAAAGCCUUCUCUGUGGUCACAUUCAGAAUUAUGUCAGUGCCUGUCAACUUGCUGGUGCCAAGAUAAGCAAAUGGAGGAGCGAUGGCUUCUGUCCACUAACAUGUCCAGCCGGAAGUCACUACGAGUUAUGCUCCUCCUCCUGCUCGUCCACGUGUGUCUCUCUGGAGAGGUCCGAUCCCUGCCCGGCGUGCCAGGAGGGAUGUCAGUGUGACGAUGGGCUGGUGUCGGAUGGGGAGCGCUGUGUUCCUGUGGAGAAAUGUGGCUGCGCAGUGGACGGACAUUAUUACAAGUUAAACACAUCAAUCUUAAUGGAGGACUGUUCUGAGCACUGCGUCUGCCAAUAUGGACGCUUCACCUGCAAACCCGCAAGUUGCCAGGACCAGCAGGAGUGCACCAUCAAGGACGGCGUUAUGGGCUGCUUCCCCACAGAUCCUUGUGCGGACAUUGUGUGCAGGACAAAGGAGCACUGUGAAGUAUCAGAAGGCCAAGGAGUGUGUGUGCCCGAUACCAGCGUUUUAUGCUGGGCCUUUGGGGACCCACAUUACACCACGUUUGACGGCUGGAGUUAUUCUUUUCAAGGAACCUGUACCUACCUUCUCCUCAACACAACAGGUGUUGAUCCCUCCCUGCCUGCGGUAACCGUGACAACCAAAAAUGAGCUUCGCGGGAACUCUGAAGGCUCUUUUGUGCGUUCAGCCACCGUGGAGAUGAUGGGCCACACGAUAUCCAUUCCAAAGGAUGAGAGGGGCUUUGUACUGAUUGAUGGUAUCAAGACUGGUCUCCCAGCCUCCCUUGAAGGUGGCAGCCUUUUCAUCACAUGGCAAGGAAUGAGAGGCAUACUCCAAAGUGAUUUGGGAAUCACCGUCACAUUUGAUUGGUCCACGCUGGUGAUGGUUUCCCUCAGCAGCAGUUACUACGGUAACGUGGCCGGGCUCUGUGGCAACUACAACGGUGACAAGGAGGACGAGAUGACCACCCGGGAAGGACACAAAGCGGUCAAUGUGACCAACUGGGCGGGGACGUGGAGCGUCCCCGAUGGGGACCCAUUCUGCUACCAUUACUGUGACAACGUGUGUCCUCAGUGCUCUGAGGAAGACCGGAUUAGGUACUCUGGUCCGGAGUACUGUGGAAUCCUGAGCAACAAGAAGGGAGCGUUCGCUGGUUGCCAUGGUAGCGUGCCGGUAGGAGAGGCGGCGUCGGACUGUUUGUACGACGUUUGCGUCAAUACAGGACGACGUGAAGUACUCUGUGAGUCCUUGAGCAAUUACCUGGCUGAAUGUCAGGAGGCGGGAGCUUCUGUACUGCCUUGGAGACAGCAAGCCAACUGCACUGUCGAGUGUCCAUCCAACAGCCACUAUGAGGUGUGUGGACCAGCCUGUCCAGCCAGCUGUGGGGCUCAACCAGAGGAGUGCCAUGAAGGCUGCGUGGAAGGCUGCUUCUGUGACCCCGGAUACCUACUCAGCAGAAAUGAGUGCGUUGAAAAGAAGAAGGCCUGCGGCUGUAACCACGGCGGCUACUAUUACAUGCCGGGCGAGAUGUUCUGGGCCGACUCCCAGUGCAAGCAACAGUGUGUGUGCGAUGCCGCGACACAAACGGUGCGCUGCCAUGCAAAGGGCUGUCGAAGCGGAGAGCGAUGUCGAGUGGUGGAUGGAGUCCAAGACUGUUACCCGACCAGCUUCAAGACCUGCUCCGCACGUGGAGAUCCUCACUUCUACACCUUUGACGGACGCAAGUUUGAUUUCCAGGGCAACUGUGUGUACCGACUGGCCGGUCUGUGUGAAGACGCCGAAGGCCUUGAGCACUUUGAGGUCCUCCUGGAGAACAUCAACCGUGGAAACAAACGAGUAUCCUAUGCCAAAGUGGUGACGGUAAAAGUCUUUGGACACGUGUACACCUUCUCUGUGGAGCACCCCAAUAAAGUACUGGUGGAUGAUGGAGAAAAGUUCCUUCCCUUCUCAUCCAAUCAAUCAGUGGUUGAGGUUCAUGGCAGGUACAGGUGGGCUGUCCUUCAAACACACUUUUUAAAGGUGUCUUUUGACUUUGCGAGCGCCGUCCGAGUGGAGCUGGCCACCAGCUAUCACGGGACCACGUGUGGCCUUUGUGGAAACUUCAACAGCAAUCCCACGGAUGACUUGACGCUGGCUAACGGGAAGCUGGCGUCCGAUGCCAAUGAGUUUGGCGUCAGCCAAUGGGUGGCCGACGUGCGGGGCUGCUCUAAGGGGUGUGACGACUGCGCCCAGCCGCUCCCCCCCGACUUUGUACCGCCGAGCUACACUUCCGCCUGUGAUGUCAUCACUGCGGAGAACGGCCCCCUGGCCGACUGCAUCGGCCGAGUGGAAUCGCAGCAGUUCCGUGACGACUGCAUAUACGACAUGGUGCUCCAUGGCGGCAAACAGGAAGCGGCCUGUCACGUCAUCAGUGACUACGUGGAAGAAUGCCAGCUGAAGGGAGGCUGCGUCAAGCCGUGGAGGACCAGGCAGCUCUGCUGGAUGCAGUGUCCCGCCAACAGCAUGUACAGCGUCACAGCGCCAGGAUGUCCACUCAGCUGUGCGUCUUUGUCGUCACCUGUGGAGUGUAAAAGCCCCCCCAGUGAGGGUUGUGUGUGUAACCCAGGGUACUUUUCCACUCAGGGCGGCUGCGUGCCAUUGGCCCAGUGUCAGUGAGUCAGGGUCUCCUCUCCGCCAAAAUAUCCCCAAGGUGUGUGUGAUGUUCUUCAAGAGGACAUCCUGCAUGAAGACGGCCCCCAUGUGGAGAAAGGGAUUGUGGGAAAAAGGGGAGAAUCUUUAAAGCUGCUUUCUGCAAGGGACUCAACUGUCUGUACGCCUGUCGCUAUCUGCGGGUAAAUAAUGGGGGCUUUAUAAAGCAGCAGGGGUGUCCAACGUGCGGCCCCCGGGGGCCACCUGUAGCACAGAGCUUGUUGUUGUGGAAAUAACAUUUCUUAAAAAGUCAGCAAAUUCUAUGAUAAGUUUAGGGGGGUUUGGGGUAGAACUGAAUGGUUUUGUUGAGACCAUCUCAGGAUCUGUUCUUGUUCAAAUAAAAUGUCAGCAGUACCGCCGGGGUGGGUUCUUCAUGCAGUACUUGCUCACAAGGUCAAAUCAUUAGGAACACCCAAAGUCGCCAAUUGACCUAGCAUGUUUUUGGAAUGUGGGAGGAAACCGGAGUACCCGGAGAAAACCCACG